GCCAGAGAAGCGCCAUGAUUGGAGGACCAAAGCCUGGCGGAAGCGGGGCAGCCUGGGAGUUUACCUGGACCAUGGCGGCCGCCCCGCCGCUGCGGGACCGCUUGAGCUUCCUCCACAGGCUCCCUAUUCUCUUGAAGGGGACCUCAGAUGAUGACAUCCCAUGUCCAGGCUACCUGUUUGAAGAGAUUGCCAAAAUUUCUCACGAGUCACUGGGUAGCAGUCAGUGCCUGCUGGAGUACCUCCUGAACCGCCUGGACAGCAGCUCUGGCCACGUGAAGCUCAAGGUGCUGAAGAUCUUGCUUUACCUGUGUGGUCAUGGCUCUUCCUCCUUCCUGCUCAUCCUCAGAAGAAACUCUGCUCUCAUCCAGGAAGCCACAGCUUUCGCAGGACCCCCCGAUCCUCUGCACGGAAACAGCUUGUACCAGAAGGUUCGGGCAGCUGCCCAGGACCUGGGUAGCACCUUGUUCUCAGAUGCCAUGCCGCUGGCUCCCUGCCAGCCACCCCAAGCCCCGCCUCCAGCAGGCAUGGGCGCCCAGGCCCGACCUCACAGUGCUCUGCAGGGCUUCGGCUAUAGCAAGGAAUCAGGCCGGUCAGGCUCUGCGGGUGAAACCCUCCUGUCCACGAUCCAGAGGGCUGCAGAGGCCGUGGCCAAUGCGGUGCGUCCUGGGCCUGAUAAUCCCAGCGCCCAGGGACCCUUUCCACGUGCUGACACCUACCAGCCCGCAGUGACACCGUCAGCCGGCCACACACUUCCCAGCCCCGGGAAUCUGCUCCCUGGGGCCAUCCUGGGGGCCCGAGCUAUGAAGCACCAGCCGGGGCAGGCUGGAGGAGGCUGGGAUGAGCUGGACAGCAGUCCUAGUUCCCAGAGCUCCUCCUGCACCAGCAACCUAAGCAGGGCCUCGGACGCAGGCAGUCGGUCCGGCAGUGACAGCCACUCUGGCACCAGCCGGGAGCCAGGUGACCUGGCAGAAAGGGCCGAGGCCAUGGCCCCGAGUGACUGCCAGCAAGAGCUGAGUCUUGUGAGAGCUGUGACACAGGGACCACGAGUCUUCCUGAGCAGAGAGGAGACACAGCACUUCAUCAAAGAGUGUGCGCUGCUCAACUGUGAGGCUGUGCUGGAGCUGCUCCUCCGCCAGCUGGUCGGGACCAGUGAGUGUGAGCAGAUGAGGGCGCUGUGUGCCAUCGCCUCCUUUGGGGGCGCCGACCUCCUGCCUCAGGAGCACGUCCUCCUCCUCUGCCGGCAGCGGCUGCAGGAACUUGGUGCCGGCAACCCUGGACCUGUGACCAACAAAGCCACUAAGAUCCUGAGACACUUUGAAGCCUCCUGUGGACAGCAGCCACCUGCCCGAAGGCCCUGUGCCCAGCUGACCUCUGCAGCUACCCUUGUGGGCCCAGCCGACCUGCUGACCAGCCCUGUGCCUCCCCCCGAGAGCCAGGUCUUCCUCCAGCCUCUUAGCUCCACCACGGCGGUGCCCGCUCCACCCCCAGACCCCUUUCCCCCUCCAGCCCUGGAGGGUGCCAGUGAGCUCAGAACCCAGUUGAUACAUUCUGGUGGACAGGGGACAGGACCUGAGCAGAGCCCGGACAACACAGACACCCUGAAGGGCAGCUCCAGCUCGUGCCUGGGGAGCCCCAACUCCUUGUUUUCUGGCAUGGAGCUGGUGGCCUGCCCCAGCUCCCGGGAUCUCCAGCCAAGUUUACAGAAGGUCACCACAGAACCUCCAGCUUCAGAGCCAUCAGCUUUUGCAUUUUUAAACAUGUGACUCUGGCCACAGGACCUCAUAUUCACCUCAUGGUUCUUGAGUAUCUUCUGGCUGUCCUCUUGUCCCCUCUGACCCCUUCCUUUCACCUCGGAAACUGAUACAGCAGUCUCCGGGGCAGGUGAGCCCUGGCUGGGCUUCCCAGUGGUCAGAACGGUCAUUGAAGACCGUGUAUGGGCCCUUAGCACUGACCAGCCAAGAGGGAAGCAUGAAAAAGCGGGUCAGUUGGUGCUUCAGAAAAUGUCUGCAACCCAUUGCUUCUCGGGAGGUGACUCUGGCUGUGCUCCUGAGAUUGGCUUCUCUUUCUGGCAAGACCCUCCAGACCGUCGUAGCAGUGGCUAGAGAUACCCGAGGUUUCCUGCUUCGCACAGCACAUCUGCAGGGCAGUGUUUCUCCAGGGCUGUUGGCCACAGUCCUUCUGCCCGUGCUGCUGUGUCUCUAGGAGGCCGAACACAGAGGCCAGCCCCCAACUCCCAGGCUACCUCAGUCCCUGUCCCACCUGUCCCUUUGCUAGGUGCUGGCAAUGGGUGUAUGGACCUGAGUUCCUGUGGUAGCAGCUGGCGGGUAGCAGGGCGAAGGUGCUGCCCUCGGCGUCCCUGGGCAUGCCCCGUCUGCCUGCCCCUCAGAAGUGCGUGUGAGGAGAGGGCUGAAAACAUCGACCUGUUCAGAGUCAUG